UGAUGGCUGUGUUAGUUGACCCCAUACGAGUACGAUGCGUGCAUUGUUCUGGUGUGAUGUUCAGGCAGCUGAGCUGAGUUGAGGUUCUGUUUGAGACAGCAGACGAUGCCCAACAAUGAAUGCCGUGAAUUUGUUGCGCAUGUUUCUGCCUGGAGACUCUCCACAAUUGAGAGGUUUUUCUUUUUCUCUUGUUUCUUUUUUCUUUUUAUUGAUGUCGCAAUCUUAAUCAAUUCCUCCAGUCGUUGUGCAUCAAUUCAUGAAAACACCAUCACAUGCUCUGCUUUUCAUUUGCGUGCGAGUUCCGAGCGCGAUAAGCGGACUUUUCGGGUCUAUGGAGCCCUGGGCAGCCAGAAAUUGGCCUCAAUUGCUCGGAUCGGAAGCAUCAACUUACCCUACAAAGCGCACUUUACUUGAUAUGUACAAACAAAUGCAUCCAGCAAGGCAGAAUGACUUACAUGAACAUGAACCUACCUCGAGAUUGGAUUUAAUCUCUUGCGUCUGCAAGGUCUGGCAAGCUGUGUAGAAGCC